CUCUUAAAAUUCAACUAACUAUCCAUUUUUCUCAACACCGGCGCACAUUAGCACAAAGCCAUGGCCACCGCAACCGCGGCAGCUACUUCAUCCUUCAUCGGAACACGUCUCCGAGAAGUGCACUCUAAUUCGGGUCGGGUACAAGCCAGGUUCGGGUUCGGAUCAAAGAAAACCGCCCCGGCUAAGAAAUCGGCGAGGCCAGGUCCGGGUUCGGAUCGGCCUUUGUGGUACCCGGGAGCGAAGGCGCCGGAAUGGCUCGACGGAAGCCUCGUCGGCGAUUACGGUUUCGAUCCUUUCGGUCUGGGGAAGCCGGCGGAGUAUCUGCAGUUCGAUCUGGACUCGCUUGACCAGAACCUGGCGAAGAACCUCGCCGGAGAUGUGAUCGGGACAAGAACGGAGUUUGCGGACGUGAAAUCGACGCCGUUUCAGCCGUACAGCGAGGUUUUCGGCCUUCAGAGGUUCAGAGAGUGCGAACUCAUCCACGGAAGGUGGGCCAUGCUCGCCACGCUUGGCGCCCUCACCGUCGAGGGGGUCACCGGAGUUACCUGGCAAGACGCCGGGAAGGUGGAGCUAGUAGAAGGAUCAAAAUACCUUGGGCAACCACUUCCAUUCUCAAUUACAACAUUGAUUUGGAUUGAAGUUCUGGUGAUUGGAUACAUCGAGUUCCAGAGGAAUGCUGAGCUUGACCCAGAGAAGAGGUUAUACCCAGGUGGCAAGUUCUUCGACCCUCUUGGUUUGGCCUCAGACCCUGAGAAGAAAGCCACACUUCAAUUGGCAGAAAUCAAGCAUGCACGUCUUGCAAUGGUUGCAUUCCUUGGCUUUGCAGUUCAAGCUGCUGCCACUGGCAAAGGUCCUCUUAACAAUUGGGCUACCCAUUUGAGUGACCCUCUUCACACAACCAUCAUUGAUACCUUCUCUUCUUCCUCUUGAAGUCUUGUACUUUUUCAAUAUCGUGCCUUGUAAAAGUCCUUUGGCUCUGGGUUGUAAACAUAUUACUUAGCUGGAUUAGUACUUGUGAUAUUAGUAUGUGAAUUUAAGAGGCUAAGUAGAAUGUUUCUGCUUCA